AUGCCUCACUGCAGAAUACUGGUGUUCAGCUGCAACCCGGAGCAAAGCACCACAGAGACGUUGGCGGGCGCCUCGCUGGCGGGAGCGCACCAGCAGUCGCGCGGCUUUGCAAGGUACCUGCAAUUCCAGACACGCGGCGGCGGCGGCGGCAGCGGCUGGGGCCGCUGGUCAGAGGAUAGCGACAAGGUGCUGUGGGGCCUCAUCGCGGCCAACGUGGGCGGCUUUGCCCUGUGGCGCCUGGCUCCCAACCUGAUGCAAACGCAUGCCACGGUCUCUAUCGAGGGCCUGCGGGCGGGGCGGGUGUGGACUGCCCUCACCGCCGCCUUCAGCCACAAGGACGUGUACCAUCUAGGAGCCAACAUGGUCGGCCUCUACUUCUUCGGCCGAGACGUGGGGCGCCUGUUUGGCGGCAAGCGGCUGCUCAUGCUGUACAUGGCAGGCGGGGUGGCGGGAUCCCUGGCACACUGCGGCUGGUACUACUACCAGGCCUGCAAAACAGGCGAGGGGCGGUACGGCAGGGCGCGCUGGUUCGGCUUCACGCCCUCUGCUUUGGGCGCCAGCGCCGCGGUGAACGCCCUCACCGUCUGUGACAUCCUGCUGUACCCCACCCGCACCGUCCUGCUGUACGCAAUCAUCCCCAUGCCCGCCGCGCUGCUGGGCGUGCUGUGGUUGUUGAACGAUGUGUCGGGUGCGAUGGAUGGGCACCGGGGACACAUUGCGCACGCCGGGCACCUGGGCGGCGCCGCCACUGGCCUGGCAUUCUUCCUCGCCUACAACGUAUCCACUUCUUCAACCAAUGCGACCUACAUGCCGGCGUGGGAGGCGCCGCAGGGCAGCCCUGCCGACGCGAUGCGCGACUUUGAGGCGGCGCUCGCCCAGGUGGCGCCCAGCAUGCGCCUGGUGGAUGCCGCCUCGGGGCCCGCCAGGGAGUACAGGCGGUACGCUGUGGACGACCCGCUGUUUGACCACGACGACAUCGAGGUGCUGAUCAGCGUGCAGCGGCCCCCUUACGAAGCCGACCCGCCACUGGUCACCUUCAGAUCCAUGGCGGCGCAGGUCAAGUAUGUGUGGCCCAUCCAGCAAGCCAUCACCGACUUUGGCGCGCAGCGGCAGCGGCUCAAGGAGGUGCGGUCGAGGCUGGGCUGGCGCAUCCUGGGCUGCGACCUGCUCGAGUGCUUCGAGGAGUGA